CCCAGUCCAGAGCCCAAUGUUUACAUUCGCUAACCGUAUAAAAACCGAUGCACUCUCUGGCCACAGCAAACCGCCCCAACGGACGGAAGUGCUCACAAGCGGCUCAAAUACCGAGACAUCACAGCCCGCUAACGCUAGUGAGGUUUGAGAACACACCACGGGAGGGAAGACCGAAAAUGAAACUGCUGUGGUAUUGCCUGUUCCUGCUGUCGCUGCUGCUCGGUGCGUAUGGGGACAGCGUUGUGUGCCAGCAAGGGUAUACAGCGAAGGAAGGCAAAUGUGUCACCCAACGGCCGGUGCACGGUGCAUGUCCCAAGGACUCCAAGUACGACCUAAACUGGAAUCUAUGUGUCUAUGAAUAGCUUAGCUGCAACCGCAUCGUCACGGGAAGGGCCCUGUUCCCCUAGGAAUUACUAAGCAUCCUCGAAAAGGUUGGACAUCCUCAAACCAACGAUCCAGGCGAAUGUUACAUCAGCCCUCAGGCGCUCAAACGAGGCUUCGGUAUAUCAGUAUGUGUGUGUGUUGUGUCGAUAAUGUGAUUUAAUAAAUUCUGUCCAAAAAGCUGUAGAAUUUCACACGAUACCCGGUGGCCAGGUUUUGGAGACAUACCACGCUGUGGGUUAGAUGAA